AUGAAUUGGUUCGAUUGCCAUCGGCUCGACGAUUACCCCAGCUUCAGCCUGGCCGAGUUUGCCGAAGAUGAGGUUCCUCGCUAUGCCAUACUCUCGCACACUCACACUUGGGGACAUGACGGCUAUGAAGUCACGUACAAAGACAUCACAGAUGGCACUGGAAGUGGCAAGGCUGGCUACGACAAGCUUCACUUCUGCGCAGUCCAAGCCAAGACUGACGGGCUGGGCUACUGCUGGAUAGACACCUGUUGUAUCGACAAGACAAAUGCCGCCGAGCUUACCGAAAGUAUCAACUCUAUGUUUCGAUGGUACCAGAAUGCCAUCAAAUGCUAUGUUUUCCUUACGGAUGUCUCGGCUUCUAUGAGCGAAGAUGACAGAGACUCCCAGACGCUACAAGAGCUCAUUGCUCCCCGAUGCGUCGAAUUUUUCUCGCAAAAGCGCGAGCUGCUUGGAGACAGAAAGACGCUAGAAAAGCAGAUUCACCAGGUUGCUAACAUUUCCAUUCACGCGCUUCGAGGGGAGCCGUUGUCUCACUUUACUAUCGAUGAGCGCAUGUUAUGGGCGGCAAACAGAAUAACCAAGCGACCCGAAGACAAAUUUUACUCUCUACUUGGAAUUUUCGAUAUUCAUAUGGAAGCUAUUUACGGCGAGGGCGAGCAUCACGCAUUUCGGCGGCUCCUUAGGGAGCUCGAGAGAUAUUCGGAAAACCACCAGUUAAGCGAGUUGUUUCGGGAUCAACUACUAGUAUCCUCCGCCAGACAGCCAAAAACACCCCUAGAAAAUCCGACAUGGGUUGUGCCGUUUGAGCGGAACUCUCGCUUCACUGGCCGUGAGCCUGAGCUGGCUCGGCUCGAAGAAAUGCUGUUCAGCAAGCAUCGUACCGCGAAACUCGCGAUCACUGGACUUGGAGGUGUAGGAAAGACUCAGCUUGUUAUCGAGCUGCUGUGCCGCGUCGCCGACAAGCAAAAGCACUGCUCGGUUAUCUGGAUUUCCGUAGUCAACAUGGAAAGCCUACACCAAUCAUACUUGGACGCUACUCGGCAGCUUGGCAUAUCUGGAUUUAAAGACAACAAGGCGGAUAUAAAGAGACUGGUGCAGGACCAUCUGAGCAAAGAAAGCACAGGGCGGUGGCUACUAGUGUUCGAUAAUGCCAACGACAUCGAUAUGUGGAUUGCCAAGGCUGGACCUGGGCUGCAGCAGCUUGGGCAGGGAUCGCACCCUUUGAUCGACUACCUCCCAAAGAGUAAGCAAGGAGCUGUUAUAUUCACGACGCGGGACAGGAAGAUAGCAGUCAAGCUCGCGCAACAGGACGUCGUGGACGUUCCGGAGAUGGGAGAAGACGCGGCUUCCCAAUUACUAGGGAAGUGCCUGGUUAAUACGGAGCUCGCCAAAAGCGGGAAAGAGACGGGUGCACUCCUUUUACAGCUCACCUACCUUCCGCUAGCCAUUGUCCAGGCAGCGGCGUACAUUAAUGAGAAUGCAAUAUUACUUACAGACCAUCUGUCGCUCCUGGUCGAACAGGAAGAAGAGGUGAUUGAUCUUCUUAGCGAGGAGUUUGAAGACGACGGGAGGUAUCGCGAUAUCAUGAAUCCGGUAGCCACAACGUGGUUAAUCUCGUUUGAUCAAAUCCGGCGGCGCGAUCGGCUGGCGGCCGAUUACUUGUCGUUUAUGGCCUGUGUAGAGCCAAAGGACAUUCCACAGUCUCUUCUUCUGCCAGGGGCGUCGCGGAAGAAGGAGGUGGAUGCGAUCGGAACACUUACCGCGUAUUCGUUCGUCAAUAGGCGGCCGGCCGACGAGUGCCUCGAUCUCCAUCGGCUGGUGCAUUUAGCAACGCGGAACUGGUUGCGGAAAGAAGAGCUGCUUGCGCAAUUAACCGAGAAAACUAUUAUGCGACUAGAACAAGUUUUCCCCGAUGAUAACCACGAGAACCGAAGCGUGGAUCUUAUGUGGAGGUACGGAAUGUGUCUUUACAAAGAUGGACGAUGGAAUGAGGCUGAAGAACCGAUUAAUCAAGUGUUCGAUAUGGAGAAAAGAGUGCUUGGCGCGGAGCAUCCAGACACGCUGACCAGUCUGGCCAACCUGGCGUCGACGUACAGGAACCAAGGCCGAUGGAAGGAGGCCGAAGAGCUGGAGAUACAAGUGAUGGAGACGAAUGCGAGGGUGCUUGGCGCAGAGCAUUCAGACACGCUGACCAGCAUGGCCAACCUGGCGUCGACGUACAGGAAUCAAGGCCGAUGGAAGGAGGCCGAAGAGCUGGAGGUACAAGUGAUGGAGACGAGUGCGAGGGUGCUUGGCGCAAAGCAUCCCUCCACGCUGGCUAGCAUGGCCAACCUGGCGUCGACGUACAGGAAUCAAGGCCGAUGGAAGGAGGCUGGAGAGCUGGAGGUGCAAGUGAUGGAGACAAGAAAGAGGGUGCUUGGCGCAAAGCAUCCAGACACGCUGACCAGCAUGAACAAUCUUCCCUUCACGUGGAAAGCGCAGGGUCGAGAUCCAGAGGCUAUCGGUCUAAUGAUAGAGUGUACACGGUUUCGAGAACGGGUUCUAGGGGCUACCCAUCCGCAUUUCAUUUCUUCCUCGAAAAUCUUAGCGGAUUGGGAGCUGAACGAGGCGCUCGUAAAAUAG